GAGCCGCCAUGAUAGAAAAGAAGAAGAAGAAGAAGCAGCAGCAGAAGACGACAUGCUUGCCUCCCGGUUCAGACUGCAGUGUUUGCGGCUGCUACACUCCAGCCAUGGCGGUCGACCUCCAUGGUUCGGUGGCAGUCAAAGUGGAGCCAGAGGUGGUAGAAAAAAUUUUAGUUUUCCCGGUGAACGACUGGUGAAAAAACACUGGAACCUGAACGAGCUCCCAAAGUUUGAGAAAAACUUCUACCAGCAGCAUGCCAACGUCGCCUGCAUGUCACCGGAAGAGGUUGAAGAAUACAGGACGACCAGAGCAAUUACAGUGACAGGAGAUUGUCCGAACCCCGUUACAAAGUUUCAUGAAGUCAACUUCCCCUCUUGUGUAAUGGAAGUAAUCAACAAACAGAACUGGACCGAACCAACACCCAUCCAGGCACAGRGUUGGCCGGUGGCUCUUGGAGGCAAGGACAUGGUCAGCAUUGCUCAGACUGGCUCUGGCAAGACUCUUGCUUAUCUCCUGCCUGCAAUUGUCAACAUCAGCCACCAGCCUCCCUUGAAAAAUGGAGAUGGUCCCAUUUGUUUAGUGCUGGCCCCAACUCGUGAGCUGGCCCGGCAGGUGCAGCAGGUGGCCGCAGAKUAUACCAGAGCUGCUAACCUGAAAUCAACCUCUGUCUAUGGAGGAGCACCAAAGUACCCUCAGCUUCGUGACCUGGAAAGCGGUGUGGAGAUCUGCAUUGCCACUCCAGGCAGGCUUAUCGACUUCCUCGAGGAAGGACAAACGGACCUCAGCAGGUGUACCUACCUGGUGCUGGAUGAGGCUGACAGAAUGUUGGACAUGGGCUUUGAGCCACAGAUUAGGAAAAUUGUUGACCAAAUCAGGCCUGACAGACAGACUCUGAUGUGGAGUGCCACGUGGCCUAAAGAGAUUCGCCAGCUGGCAAACGACUUCCUGAAGGACUAUGUGCAGAUUAACGUUGGUGCCCUUCAGCUCUGUGCCAACCAUAACAUCCGCCAGAUUGUGGAUGUUUGCCGUAACGAAGAUAAGGAGAAGAAGCUCGUCCAUCUGCUACAAGACAUCAUGAGUGAGGAGGAAAACAAGACCAUCAUCUUUGUCGCGACAAAGAUGCAAUGUGAUUAUCUUACCCGUAGAAUUAAGAAAGAAGGGUGGAUUGCUCUGGGACUCCACGGUGAUAAAAGACAAAACGAACGAGACCGCGUUCUUAAUAAGUUCAAAACUGGCGAGGCCCCAAUUCUGAUUGCUACAGAUGUUGCAUCCAGAGGUUUAGAUGUGGAGGAUGUGAAAUUUGUCAUCAACUUUGACUACCCCAACACCUCCGAGGACUAURUCCACCGCAUUGGCAGAACGGGUCGGUGCCAGAAGACGGGCACGGCCCACACCUUCUUCACACCAGACAACAUGAGGCAGGCCAGGGACCUGAUCUCUGUUCUGCAGGAGGCCAACCAGGACAUCAAUCCUGAGCUCACCAUGCUGGCAGAGGCAGGAGGUCGUCCUGGAGUCGGCAGAAACAUCUACAGAAGUAACUACAGAAGUAACAACAGAAGCAACUACAGAAGCAACUACAGAAGCAACUACAGAGAUGAUGGUUUGAAUCGGCAGCAGCUGUUUGGUAGGGGGCAAUAGGGUGCCGCCCCACCACUAGUUUGUUAUACUCAAAAAAUAAAUAAAAUAACUAAAUAAAACGUUAUAAAUGUUUCGAAAUAAAUGUUUCGAAAAAAUAUUGUAUAUAUGUUUUGUGAUGAGUAAAAUAAAUAAUGUAGUUACUGAUGUAAA